AUGGGUGGAUUUGUCGUUAGAGUCUCGACUCUCUCUAGCCUUGUCUUGCGGUGUUGUGUGAGUGUGACUUUAUAGAGGGCACUGGAGGUUCAGGGACUCGUCGCCGCCCCGCGGUGCGUUAAUAACUCCUAAACUCUUGACAGUUUGACCUGACGAGUCCGACGGGAUCCCGAGUACCACACUACCUCGUCAACGCGAGUGGCCCGGGGCGUUCACGACGAACGCCCGCAAGUGCGGUGAGGAAGCCGUGCUGCUCCGGCGCGUGCUGUCGCGCCUCAUCGAACUCGACGACGACGACGACGACGACGACGACGACGACGGGCUCGGGAUGCUGGCCUCGCUGAACGAGGUCGCCGAUGCUGGAACUUUUGUCGUCUCGGACACGCUUCUUCCACCCCGCGCGAACGACCUCGAGUCCGACCUUGGCGGCCUUCGAGAUCUCGAGAUCCAGGAGUUCCUCAUCCGACGCCGAAACUGCCGUGGUCUCACCACCUCCGCGUUUUAUGCCACUGCACGACACGCGCCUGUCGACCCCACGUCGAUCACUCCGAUCACGUCGACCUCGCCUACGCCUGCCGUCGAGUACGCUAUGACGUUCGCAUGGGCGGAGCACUCCCUCCUCGACGAUGGGAUCGCACUACGUCGCAAGAUGCACGCCGCGUCGCGUGCCGACACCGAGGGACUGAGCCUUAGCGCCGGCAUCUACCGUGGCGAGUUCCGCACGCUUCCGACCUUCCUCGGCGACGAUGAAAGCUUUGUCGGCAUCGAGCCCCGGGCACUCGAGGUGGUUUUCAUCCAACAGUGUUACUGGCCCGUCAAUACGGCGACCACGACCAAGGAACUCGCCCAGGCCGUACUUGGAGUCGUCAAAGGUAAGCACAUGGAUCAACUGGGUGCGAUGGCCUGGCGUUUGCGCUCCCUAGCCGACACAUCCGUUCCCAUGCCCGUCCAGGACUCCGAAAUAUCUACAAGCUAGGCUAUAUCCACCGGGACAUCUCGUACGAUAGCGUCGUCAUCGACCGUGACGGCGUCGGCGCUCUCAUCGACUAUCACCUCGCCGUCCCACAUGAUCGGCCCUGCACCGAGGGGCGCCGCAGAAUACGAUCCGUGCGUGCUCCGCUGUGUAUGUUUCUCCGAAGGAUAUCUCUGAUCAGCGCUAGGCUUUGGACUAUACGACGUUUUACAGGGCACCUGGCCCUACCUCCCGUGCUCGAUCCUCGCCCAGCCACAACAGCCGCUCCGUGUCGUCCACGAACGAUGGCACGAUAUUGAGUCGCUUUUCUACGUCGUGAUGGAAAUCUCGUUCCGCGAGCCGUACAUGGGCGACGAUGAAGUGCUUGUGAUGACACCAGAUGGUGAGGUUAUCUGGUUUGACUGGAACGACUCAUCUGCGCGCAUAGUCUAUGUCCUCAAAUUCAUGCUUCGCCUAAACACCUGGUAUCACAAGCUGUUGAAGGGCUGUGCACAGCGAUGGACGAACAUCAAGCAACUGGUCGAUAUCUUGCGCAGCAAUUGUGGGCUCGACAAUCGAUUCGUCGAUGUCGAGGUGGCUAUGGAGGAAGCCCAACUGGGGGAGUUGUGGGGUCCAUCCGGGACGAUGUCGUACGAGGCUAUCAUCUCGGAGAUGGAGCGACUACUUCCCUUGCUCUAA